AUGGUGUUUUUUGGAGGAUUGAUGUACAUCUGUUUUGAAGUGCUCAUUGCUGUAGGCUGUGUUCUGGGCAAUGGGCUGGUGAUGUGGGCCGUGUGGAGGAGUGGUUCAUUAAAAAAGCCCACUUUCUGUUUAAUUGUAUCUCUGGCGGUGGCUGAUCUCCUGGUCGGGGCUGUGGCCAUUCCUCUGGCUCUGAUUGUGGAUAUGCAUGUGAAGAUGUCUUUCCAUGCGUGUCUGUUCAUCAGCUGUUUUCUUAUCGUGCCACUGCAGGCGUCAGUGCUCACACUUCUGGCCAUCGCUGUUGACCGAUGCCUGCGGGUUUGCAUCCCAUUCAGAUAUAAGUCUACGGUCACUAAGAAGCGCUCCUGGAACCUCGCCGCUGUGUGCUGGAUACUGGCGUUCAUGCUGGGAUUCUUACCGAUGUUUGGAUGGUACAAUCACGACACACUGGCACAAAACAACUCCACAUUCAUUGACUGCGAAUUCGUUGCUGUCAUUCCUGUCUCAUACCUGGUCCACUUUAUCUUUGAGGGCUGUUUCCUUCCUCCUCUGGCCGUCAUGAUUGCUUUGUAUUACUACGUAUUUUAUAAAAUCAGAUGGCAGUCGAAGGAAACACUAGGCAAAACUGGACCCUAUACACAAAAGGAGCAAAAACUUGCAAGCUCUCUGGUUUUGGUUUUGGCUCUUUUUGCUGUCUGCUGGCUGCCGUUACACAUAAUACAAUCCAUCAUGUUUUAUAGUCACAGCGUUUAUAUACCAUCCAUUGCUUUGCACUCUGGCAUUCUCCUUUCUCAUGCUAACUCAGUGGUUAACCCUGUGGUGUAUGCUUUCAAAAUACCUAAGAUGAAGGGGGAGUACAUGAGGAUUUGGAGGAGGAUGACGGGUCGGGAACAGACUGUGGAUAUAACCAUCAGGACUGCUGCUAGUAAUACCACAGAUAGCCAUGAUGGACGAGAGCAUGUGAAAAUCAGCCCGCAGGUUGGAGAUUGUGAUAUGAAUGACAUUUAGUGUUCAUUCUGCUGCUGACGUACAGCAUGAGGGUGUCCACGGGGUCUUCAGAAGUAGUUGAUGGAUCUGUUUAGAAUAAUUUAAGACCCUUAAAAAGUCUUAAAUGCUAAUUUGCGAGGUAUUCAA